AUGAAGUGGGUCACUUAUGUAGUGACAGUGAGCAGAGCAGGUGGACAGUCUAAAGGUGACUCUGGUAUCACAGGAAUAUUGGAAGUAAAGAAAGAUGUGGGCAAUGAUCACACAAAAUGUGAUGAUGUGAAUGAAUGGAUCACCAUCUGUACUGAGAUAGUGCGUCCCCACACAGAUAAGAUUUCCGAUUCAUCACCUGAUCAAUGCAAAAAUUGUGAAAGAUCACCACCUAAGGACAUGGAUGCAGAAGACAAGGAAAUAGUUGUCUGGGUUUGCCAAGAAGAAAAGAUUGUCUGUGGGCUAACCAAACGAACUACUGCAGCUGAUGUAAUCCAGGCUUUGCUUGAAGAACAUGAAACUACCUUAGGAGAGAAGCGAUUUCUUUUCGGACAGCCCAGUGAUUACUGUAUUAUAGAAAAAUGGAGAGGCUCAGAGCGGGUCCUUCCUCCACUCACAAAAAUCCUGAGACUUUGGAAGGCCUGGGGAGAAGAGCAGCCAAACAUGCACUUUGUCCUAGUUAAAGCAGAUGCUUUAAUUCCAGUUCCAUUAUGGAGGACGGCUGAAGCAAAACUAGUUCCAAACACAGAAAAACAGUGGGACCUCAGUCCAGCCAAUUAUAUGAAGAUGUUGCCACUAGACAAGCAGAAAAGGAUAGUCAGGAAAACAUUCAGGAAACUAGCAAAAAUUAAGCAGGAUUCUGUUAUACAAGACCGAGACAGCAUGGAGACGUUGGUACAUUUGAUCAUUUCUCAGGACCAUACCAUUCAUCAGCAAGUCAAAAGAAUGAAAGAAUUAGAUCUGGAAAUUGAGAAAUGUGAAGCAAAAUUUCAUCUGGAUAGGGUAGAAUAUGAGGGAGAAAAUUAUGUCCAGGAUUCUUAUCUAAUACCCAGUCCUGUUGAGGUCAAACAACAAAAAGAUAUGAAGCAAGAAGAAAAUCAGACACCUGAUUAUCUGAGUGAGAGUGAAGGUAUUUUACAGCUGGAAGAACGACUGAAAUAUUAUAGGCUUCUUAUUGACAAAUUAUCUGCUGAAAUAGAGAAAGAAGUCAAAAGCAUUUCCAUAGAUGUGAAUGAAGAAACAGAAGAGACAGCUAUGGAUGAAUCAGAAAAGAAAAACUUGGAAAGUGUUAAGCAUGAUUUGGAGAAAAGUAUGAAAGCUGGUUUAAAAAUCCAUUCUCACUUAAGUGGCAUCCAGAAAGAGAUUAGAUAUAAUGACUCCUUGCUUGAGAAGAAAGCAAUAGAAUAUGACCUCCUGGCAGAGGAACUGAAUUCCAUUCAUUUCAGCAACAAAGAUGGAUGCCAAUCUAAUGAAGAUAGGGAGAAAGGACUUGAGGGUUCCAGUAGCAACAUGGCAGGCCCUCAUUUUACUCAAAAAGUAUUUCAUUCCUAUACCAAUGACACAGACUCAGAUACUGGAAUAAGCUCCACUCAUAGUCAAGACUCAGAAACCACCUCAGGGGAUGUAGUGCUGUUAUCAACAUAAAUGAAAUGGUUGUUCAUGACCUACUAUCAUGUUCUAAAAGAUUGUUUAAACAGGAGCAUUUGAUGGUUAAAAACUAGAUCACUACAAUAUCUUGGUUUCGUAAUUGCUACAGAGGCCGUAACUAAAUCACACAGGUACUUGG